CGUCCCCAGGCGUUUUGGUUGCCCGGGACUUCCACCACCACCACCAACAGCCACCGCUCUGGGUGGGGUAUUCUUCUUACUACUGCACUAUCUCUUGUCUGCUUGGAUCUUAUUCUUGCGACACUUGGAUCUUGGAUUGAUUUAUCUCCCCUUCUUCCCCCGCCACUAUGUUCUACUCGGAGACCCUGUUGUCAAAGACCGGGCCACUGGCCCGCGUCUGGUUGUCGGCCAACCUGGAGCGCAAGCUUUCCAAGUCGCACAUCUUACAAUCCGACAUUGAAAGUAGUGUCAGUGCGAUCGUGGACCAAGGCCAAGCCCCCAUGGCUUUGCGAUUGAGUGGUCAACUGCUUCUGGGUGUGGUUCGCAUCUACAGCCGCAAGGCGCGCUAUCUGCUGGAUGACUGCAAUGAGGCCCUGAUGAAAAUCAAAAUGGCCUUCCGUUUGACGAACAACAAUGACUUGACCACUACGGUCGUUGCCCCUGGUGGUAUCACCUUGCCCGAUGUGCUGACCGAAUCCGACCUGUUCAUGAAUUUGGACUCCUCCCUUCUGUUGCCGCAAACCCUCAACCUCGAACCUGAGGGUAAGCGUCCUGGUUCUUCGAUGGAUUUUGGUAGUCAGCUGCUCCCGGAUACUGGCUUGCGACGCUCCGCUUCGCAAGAACCUGCGCGUCUCGAGGACCACACCCUCGUCGACUUGGAUUUGGGCGAAGACGAAACACCUCUCGGCCACGACUUCAGUAUGGAAGUGGGUCGAGAUGCCCCGGCUCCCCGCCCCGUGGAGGAAGAUCUCUUCAGCGAUGGGGGCAAAUUCAACGAUGUCGACAACCUGCAACUGGACCUUGGCGAAGAUGAUGCUCCCCUGGAUAAGAUGGAUCUGGGUGACGACGCUCUACCCCAUAACCUUCUGCAGACGGAUGACGCCAUGGACCUUGGCGAUGAUCAUGAUGAGCCUGCCCUCAACGAUGAUGAAAUCGAGCGCGAGAGUGUCCUGACCGAACUGGCGAACGAGGAUCUAGACCACCUUGAAAAGUCUCAAGCGUUCGAAUUAGACGAGGAUGUCGAAGCUGAAGAAGAAGAUGAUGAUGAUGCAGUUACCGCCAAGCAUGAUCAGCAACAGCAACCGUCAAAGCGCCGCAAGGUCAUUCUCAUGCCACUGGACAAGGAAACCGACCAAAAGGUCAAGGAUGUCAGGGAACAGUACUUGACGCGCGAGGAAAUCAUGAAACCCUCCUCGUGGCUUCCUCGGGACCCCGUGCUGCUGACCCUGAUGAACAUGCAGAAGAACGGCGAUUUUGUUUCAAACGUGCUUGGUGCGGGCCGGGGACGUGGCUGGGCUCCGGAAUUGCGUGAUUUGCUUUCCUUCGAUACCAUCCGGAAGGCGGGUGAGCUGAAGCGGAAGCGCGACAGUGGAAUUGCCGACAUGGAUGUGGAUGCGGCCACUGCGCCGGCCCUGGAGCUUGGCGAAGAAGAGGCCAUUGUGCCGGUCGAUGAGGGCGUUGGUCUUGACUCGACUAUGCUUCAACGCUCCGAAAUCGAGUUCCCCGGUGAUGAGGAGGACCAGGCUCUGCGCCUGAGUGACGACGAGGGAAUGAACCAACCAUUGGAGGACGCCGACGACACGGUCGUUGCCGACAGUGGUCCCGUGUCGAUCGGUACGAAGCACGCCGUCCACAUCCUCCGGGAGCGCCUGGGUGAAUCUGCGGCCGAGCAGAAGAAGAGCGUGAAGUUCCAGGAUCUGCUGCCGGAGAAGAAGGCAUCCAAGGCGGACGCUACCAAGAUGUUCUUCGAGGUCCUCGUGCUGGCCACCAAGGACGCCGUACAAGUUGAACAACGACCGGAGACCGUGGGUGGACCUCUGAAGAUCCGUGGCAAGCGAGCCCUCUGGGGCUCGUGGGCUGAGGAGGGGGCCAGCGGGGAGGCAGAGCAGCAGCCCGUUGAGGCCACCGCCUAAAGGACCUUAUGACUCCGGCGUCGUGUUCAUGUACAGUUGCGUUCUCUUUGAGAUUUUGAUUUUGUUUUCGUGUGGGCAG